AUGAAAACAUCGGGAAGCAUUCCGCAUUCGCACUUGGUGGAAAUCUUCCCAGCAAUGAGGAGCUUGGUCGCACUGCUCCCGGUCCUUUGUAUUGCGGUAGCGGAGGUCUACUUCAAAGAAGAGUUCUUAGACGAUUCUUGGAAGGAACGAUGGGUGCAGUCAAAGCAUAAGAGCGACUAUGGAGAGUUCGUAUUGUCCGCAGGCAAGUACUUUGGUGACGCUACUCGCGACCAAGGCAUGAAGACUAGUCAAGACGCUAAGUUCUACUCUCGUGCUGCCAAGUUCCCAAAAGCUUUCUCCAACAAGGGUAAGACUGUUGUCAUCCAGUUUACCGUGAAGCACGAGCAAGGAAUAGAUUGUGGAGGUGGUUACGUCAAGGUCAUGAGCUCUGAUGUUGACUUGUCCGAUUUCCACGGCGAAACACCAUACAACGUAAUGUUUGGUCCCGAUAUCUGUGGUCCAACGAAGAAGGUCCAUGUCAUUUUCAGCUACAAGGGAAAGAAUCAUCUCAUUAAGAAGGAUAUUCGAUGCAAGGAUGAUGAACUCACUCACUUGUACACUCUGAUCCUCAAUCCUGACAACACCUAUGAAGUGCAAAUCGACGGCGAAAAGGUCGAAAGUGGAGAGCUCGAGUCGGACUGGGAUCUACUUCCACCUAAAAAAAUCAAGGAUCCUGAUGCGAAGAAGCCCGAAGACUGGGAUGAGAGAGAAUACAUCGACGAUGCCGAUGACAAAAAGCCAGAAGAUUGGGACAAGCCAGAACAUAUCCCUGAUCCCGAUGCCAAGAAACCCGACGAUUGGGAUGACGAAAUGGACGGGGAAUGGGAACCUCCAAUGAUUGACAAUCCGGAGUACAAGGGAGAGUGGAAGCCUAAACAGAUUAAGAAUCCCGCUUACAAAGGCAAAUGGAUCCAUCCUGAGAUUGACAACCCGGAGUAUACACCUGAUGAUGAGCUCUACCUGUACAAGGAUUGGGGAGCAAUUGGUUUUGAUCUUUGGCAAGUCAAGUCCGGCACUAUUUUCGACAAUGUCCUCGUCAGUGAUUCUGUUGAUGAGGCUAAGGCUCAUGCCGCUGAGACCUUCGAAAAGUUAAAGCCUGUUGAGAAGGAACUGAAGGAAAAGGCAGAUGAGGAGAACCGAAAGAAGAUGGAGGAGGAAGCCAAGAAACAAGAAGAAGAGGAAAAGAAGAAGAAAGAAAAAGAGGAGAAGGAAGAGAAGGAAGAUGAGGAUGAGGAGAAGGCUGACGAGGGUCACGAGGAACUAUAA